GUCCAGUGCUCACGGACAGAAUUGGAGAGGACUUUUUCACUACAGGUGGAGUCUCAUGUAUCUUCACUAAGGUGCUAAAUUGCCCAGGCUGUACUCCAGCUUACGACACUUCUGCCCUGGACUCCCAGAAGACUGAGAUUACAGAUCCCUGGUUCUUGGCAUGCAGUCAGACUAACGUGUCCUGCAAGGUGGUCCAGGUGAAGCUGGGGGAGGUAGGCAAGUGGCCCUGGCAGGUGAGCAUCCUCUUCCUGGGUAUGCACAUCUGCAGUGGCUCGCUCAUCCACCGACAGUGGGUCCUCACAGCUGCGCACUGCCUGCUGAGAUCCAAGGACCCUACACAGUACUCUGUGAAGGUGGGAGUCCAGCACCUCCCAGACGACAGCACACAGCUACUGGUCACUCACAUCAUGAUUCAUGAAAAUUUCACCGACCUCGUGUCCCAGGACAUUGCCCUCCUGAAGCUCAAGGACCCCAUCUCCUGGUCCCCCCUGGUGCAGCCCAUCCUCCUCCCCAGUACUCGUUCCAAGCCAACCGUGGGGUCCACGUGCUGGGUGAUUGGGUGGAGAAAGCCAGGGACUAAAGGGGCCUCAAGGAACCACUACCGUCUUCAGGAGGUGGCCACCAGGAUCAUAGACAGUCGCAUCUGCAGUCAGCAGUACAAGUUCCUCCUCUCGAAGGGCCAGAAGAAGUUCAUCGGGGAUGACAUGCUAUGUGCCAGCUCAAACGUGGGCUUGGACAUGUGCCAGGACAUCUCGGGCAGCUCCCUGGUCUGCCCGGUGAACAAGACCUGGAUUCUCAUGGGUGUGGUGAGCGGCAGCUCUGGCUGUGGCGGGCGGCACCACCUCCCGAGCAUCUACACCAGCACCUCCCACUUCAGCCCCUGGAUCCAGAAGCAGGUCACACACCUGAAGUUCAGCAGCAGGGCCUGCCCCACCUUCCUCAGCCAGCUGCUGCUUGCCGGCCACAUCCUGCUGUUCUCCUUGGCCCCCCUGUGGCUGCUGUGAGCUGUGUCUCAGGACAGGCCCCCCGGAGAAGUGGAGACCACUGGCUGAAGAUAUGGGGUGCAGAGACUUGGGGGAAGCCCUGGCCCCACUGUUUCUCCUCAGUUCUUCAAUGAAGAUGCUCUGACUUUGACCACUGAUGUCGUCUGUCCUUGACUCUGGCCAGAGCCCAUCAGACCCCUCCUCGGAGCCACCCUCCCGAUAGUCCGUGUGUGUGUGUGCUUGUGGUAUGGUCUUUGUAGCCUGUUCCCGCUCUCUGGGUGGCAGUUUCCUCUUCUAUCAAUAGGCUGCCAGUUCCUGCUAAGUCUCUCUGGUCCUCUAGCUGUCCUGGUUCCCAGGGCCUCCGCUGGGCUCCCUGAACAUUUCCCCCACGCCGCCUUGUGAAACCCACAAAGGCUGGAUCACAACCCUGUGCUGUGGACUAUUCUGGAGCUAGUGGGCCUCUCCUGAUCCUCCUACCCUCCUGUGGGUCCCCUGGUUCCAGCGGACGGUGCCAUGGGGCAGGGCAGAGUGCCUGCCUGGGUGCAUGUGUGAUGAAAGUGCCCUGAGCUGCUCAGCAGCCUCUGUGGCUCCAUCAUACUCCAGAGAGCAGACAGACGAGGCCCAAACUGGCCAGC